AUGACAAACGAAGGGCGCAUUGCUACUCUGGAUUCAACCAUCGCCGAUAGGCUUCCUGCAUUCUCAAAGACACUCUUUGACGGCAAGGCCGCCAAAGACCUAAGCUUUGAGGCAAUUGCAAAGCAUCUAGGCCGUAGUGAAGUUGCGGUGGCAGCAUUGUUCUACGGACAGGCCACCGCCUCGUCUGAGGAUGUUGAGAAACUAUCAGAGAUCCUUGACCUUCCCAAGGAGGCGUUGGCUGCCCAGCUAACAGGCUUCCCUAACCGUGGCCAGGCGGGACCCAUGCCUCCUACCGAGCCUCUCAUCUAUCGCUUGUACGAGAUCGUUCAAAAUUACGGUUAUGCCUAUAAGGCUAUCCUCAACGAGAAGUUUGGAGAUGGUAUCAUGAGUGCAAUUUGCUUCUCUACCACAGUGGAGAAGGAAGUGGAUGAAGCAGGCUCACCAUGGGUCGUUAUCACAUUGAAGGGCAAAUGGCUCCCUUUCAGUCGUUUCUAGGCAUUGUUCUCUCAAGAGAAUUGGUUGAUAGCUCGGAGUUAUAACCACUCUGCAUGCUGUGUCACUUUCAUUAAUGACUACUCAAAGCGUAUUUACAUAACGGAAAAUGCGGGUUGGAGCAUCGCUAAGUUCACACAAGCCUCACUCAAGAAUGACAUGUAUUUCGAGUAAAGCGGACGGGGCAGGUUGUGGCAAUGCGCGUGAAGACAAUAUGAAGCGAGAGGACAAUACUAAGCAAUUUACAAACAAAUACC